CAAACCAAAAUAAUCAAUGGCACCUCUCCUCCUGCCCUUGCUCCUCCUGCUACUGUCAUCUACUUCUGUUCAAGCUCAACAAAACAUCACCUUGGGCUCCUCCUUAACACCCCAAGGGCCUAACAGCUUUUGGCUCUCACCAUCCGGCGAUUUCGCGUUCGGCUUCAGGUCCGUUGAGGGCAACCCCUCCUCCUACCUCCUUGCCGUCUGGUUCAGCAAGAUCAGUGACAAGACGGUGGCUUGGUAUGCCAAGACGAGUGGUCCAGAGCCAGCUCCAAUACAAGUUUCAUCUGGUUCACGCCUCCAGAUGACCAUGGGUGGGAUGCUCUCCCUCCUUGACGCCACCAACACAGAGGUAUGGAGUCCCCAGUUUGUUGGCAUGGCAGCCUAUGCCAGCAUGAUCGACACCGGAAACUUUGUACUUGUUGCUGCAGAUGGCAAAACCAUAUGGGGAACUUUCGACAACCCAGCAGAUACCAUCCUGCUCACCCAAGAGCUCACCACUGGAAGUAUGCUCCGCAGCCGGAUCAUUGCCACAGACUACUCCAACGGCCGGUUCAUCCUUAACAUGCAAAGUGAUGGUGUUUUCCUUUACCCUGUUGCUUUGCCAUCCGGUUUCCAUUAUGACUCCUAUUGGUCCACUGCUGGCAACACCACAAACCUGGUGUUUCAUCCGAUGGGCAGAAUAUACAUAACCUUGGAUAACGGCACACAAAUCAACGUAACACAAGGGGCAGUUGGCUCCAUGGCAGACUACUACCAUCGCGCCACACUUGACCCGGAUGGUGUGUUCCGGCAAUAUGCAUACCCAAAAACUGUCAGCAACCUGUGGAGUCAGGCAUGGUCUGUGGUGGGCAUGGAGCCCCAAAAUAUCUGUUCAGCAAUGACAGAGAUCGGUAGCGGUACAUGCGGGUUCAACAGUUACUGCAUGUUGAAUAGCACAACCAGCCAGACUACCUGCAUGUGUCCUACGCAGUACACGUUUAUUGAUCAAGAUAGGAAGUAUUUAGGCUGCAAACCAAACUUCCAGCCACAAAGUUGUGACUUGGAUGAAGCAGAUGCCGUAUCGCAGUUUCAGUUGAUGGCGAUAUACCAUGUGAAUUGGCCUCUAGCUGACUAUGAGAAGAACAGCCCCAUAACUGAGAACCAGUGCCGGCAGCUCUGUCUCACAGAUUGUUUCUGUGCUGUCGCUGUGUUCCAUGACGGUAGUAGUACAUGUUAUAAGAAGAAGCUUCCUUUGUCAAACGGAAUUAUGGAGGGUGAUGUGCAGGCAACAGUUCUCAUCAAGGUACCAAAGAAUAACAAUUCACCAUCACAGCUCACUGAGUCCAGCAAAUGGAAGAAAGACAAGAAACAUUGGAUCCUUGGAAGUUCAUUGCUUCUCGGAAGCUCGGUCUUGAUUAUACUUCUCUUGAUCUCCGUUAUAAUUUUUGGUAAAAACUAUACAGUCACUAGAAAGGUAGCUCCAUCUUUGAAGUCCUCAAGCAACAUAGGAUUGCCCAUGAGAGCCUUCACUUAUGUCGAGCUCGAGAAGGCAACUGGCGGAUUUCAGGAGGUGGUUGGCACCGGCGCCUCUGGUAUUGUGUACAAGGGCCAGCUACAAGAUGAGCUCAGGACAUGCAUUGCUGUCAAGAAAAUUGACAAGCUUGAGCAGGAAUCAGAAAAGGAGUUCACUGUUGAAGUCCAAACUAUUGGACGAACACACCACAAAAACUUGGUCAGGAUGAUAGGAUUCUGCAAUGAAGUAAAAGAAAGAUUAUUGGUCUACGAAUUCAUGACUAAUGGAUCGCUCAACAGAUUCCUAUUUGGUGAUGCUAGGCUUCAGUGGAACCUUCGAGCUCAGCUUGCUCUUGGGGUGGCAAGGGGGCUUCUAUAUUUGCAUGAGGAAUGCAGUACACAGAUCAUCCAUUGUGACAUCAAGCCCCACAACAUCCUUCUUGAUGACAACUUCACAGCAAAGAUCUCAGACUUUGGCUUAGCCAAACUGCUCCGAACCAACAAGACACAAACAAAUACGGGUAUCCGGGGUACCCGAGGAUAUGUUGCCCCUGAGUGGUUCAAGAGCAUUGGUAUCACUGCCAAGGUGGAUGUUUACAGCUUUGGGGUCAUCCUGUUGGAGCUCAUCUGUUGUCGGCGGAAUGUUGACUUGGAGGCUGCAGAAGAGGAUACAAAAAUAUUGACUUACUGGGCAAAUGAUUGUUAUAGGUAUGGCAGGGUUGAUUUGCUGGUGGAAGGUGAUGAUGAAGCGAUUUCCAAUCUGAAGAUGGUAGAAAUGUUUGUGGCAGUCGCAUUGUGGUGUCUCCAGGAGGACCCGACUAUGAGACCUACAAUGCUGAAGGUAACACAAAUGCUUGAUGGAGCAGCUGCAGUCCCCACUCCUCCUGAUCGAUCUUCUUUUGUCAGUUCAAUUCGAUAGUACUGUUCCUGCAUAUUGUAAGAAUAUUACAAGUAUGAACAAAUAUAGUGGUGUAGGAAAUACAGCCAUCAUCUACUCGAGGCAAAUACAUACAGAACUGCGAACCAUACUGUUAGUGUUCCUUGAUGUAGCAUCUGUAAUAAUUGGCUGGAGCAAAUAUUAUGAUGGCUUCGUCUUCCAAAGAAUUUUCCUAUGAUAAGAAUUUGUUACUUGUAUGUUGCAUCUCUCUGCUGCUUAGUUAAACAAUUACCAAAUCCUAUCAA